AUGGAGAAAGCAAAAGACCAACAUCCAUGGUUUGGCAUGGAACAGGAGUAUACUCUUCUGGACGUCGACGGACACCCUUUCGGUUGGCCCAAGAAUGGCUUCCCAGGACCCCAAGGACCUUAUUACUGUGGCGUCGGAGCAAACAAGGUGUAUGGUCGAGAUAUAGUAGAAGCACAUUACCGCGCUUGUUUGUAUGCCGGUAUCAGCAUUUCCGGUACCAAUGCCGAAGUGAUGCCAGGCCAGUGGGAGUUCCAAGUUGGUCCAGUCGAAGGAAUAGCGAUGGGUGAUCAGCUGUGGAUGGCGCGCUUCCUUCUACACAGGGUUGCUGAAGACUUCGGUGUGGUUGCUUCGCUGGACCCCAAACCAAUCAAAGGAGACUGGAAUGGAGCUGGAUGUCACACUAACUUCUCCACUGCUUCGAUGAGGAAGCCUGGAGGUAUCAAGUAA